AUGACGGUUUCUUUUGAGUCCAGAUUGUUUCUUGGGUUUGACCUAUCUACCCAACAAUUGAAAAUAAUAGUUACUACAGAAAAUCUAAAAGCAAUUAAAACUUAUAACGUUGAGUUUGAUUCUCAAUUCAAAGAAAAAUAUGGGAUUUACAAAGGGGUGAUCUCGGGUGAUGACGGAGAAAUUGUGAGUCCCGUACUAAUGUGGCUUGAUGCUAUUGAUUAUUUAUUCCUUCAAAUGAAAAAGGACGGGUUUCCAUUUGACAAAGUUGUUGGAAUAAGUGGUUCUGGACAACAACAUGGAUCAGUAUACUGGUCGUAUAAUGCAGAUAAUCUCUUACUGCAUUUGUCGCCAAAACAAGAAUUGAGUACACAAUUGAAAGAUGCCUUUUCUUGGGAAAUGUCACCUAAUUGGCAAGAUCAUUCAACUAGCCCCGAGGCAACGAUUUUCCAUGAUGUAAUUGGGAAGGAAAAAUUGGCAAAAAUUACUGGCUCAAAAGCACAUUUGAGAUUCACAGGUUUACAAAUUAGAAAAUUUAUAACGAGAUCGCAUAGACAGGAGUAUGAGCAUACUGCAAGAAUAUCUCUUGUGAGUUCAUUUGUUGCAAGUGUCUUGUUGGGCCACGUUACUGAAUUAGAAGAAAGUGAUGCUUGUGGCAUGAAUUUAUAUGAUAUCAAGAAGUCAAAGUAUGAUGAUGACUUGUUGGCUAUUGCCUCUGGCGUGGAUACUAAAACUGAUCAUGUUGCCAAGAAUGAUCCUUGUUAUCAAAGUUCAAUUGAUGAGUUGAAAAAAAAGUUGGGUCCUAUAACUCCUAUUACGUAUAAGUCUUUAGGAGUCAUUAGUGAUUAUUUUGUUUCCAAGUAUGGAUUUCUGCAAAAUUGUCGCAUUUAUUCAUUCACCGGUGAUAAUUUGGCUACGAUACUAUCAUUGCCCUUACAACCCGAUGAUUGUCUCUUGUCAUUAGGCACGUCAACAACGGUUCUAGUAAUCACCGAAAAUUACCAACCUUCAUCUCAGUAUCAUUUGUUUAAACACCCUGCCAUGCCCAAUCACUAUAUGGGUAUGAUUUGUUACUCCAAUGGCGCAUUAGCUAGAGAAAAGGCAAGAGACGAAAUCAACAAACAAAAUUCAGUUGAAGACUCAAAGACCUGGGAUUUGUUUAAUCAGCAACUUGAUGAAAGUUUUGGGUUCAAUGGGAAAUUGGGUAUUUAUUUCCCCAUUGGCGAGAUUGUACCACAGGCGUCUGCUCAAACGAUAAGAGCCGUUUUAGAGAAGAACCAAGAAGUAUACAGAGUAAGAUCGUGUGAAUUAAAUGAAUAUGGGUUUACCAUUAAUGAAGAUGCAUUAGCCAUUGUGGAAAGUCAAACGUUAAGUUGUAGACUAAGAGCAGGUUCUAUGUUGAGCCAAUCUGGCAACCAGAAUGGUAAAAAGGAUAGAGAUGAUGAUGAUGAUGGCAAUAACAGAAAGCACUUGAACAAUGAAGGGAAAAAGGAAAUAUAUGAUCAAGUAGUUUCUAAGUUUGGUGAGUUGUUUGUUGAUGGGAAGAAGCAGACAGUUGAUUCACUUACAUCAAGACCAAAUAAAUGUUAUUAUGCGGGUGGUGCUUCUAAUAAUAUUAGUAUAAUUCAUAAAAUGUCCCAGAUUUUAGGUGCCAAAAAUGGCAAUUUCAAAGUAGAGAUUCCUAAUGCAUGUGCUUUAGGUGGCGCUUUUAAGGCAAGUUGGAGUUUUGAAUGCGAACAAAGGGGAGAGUUUAUUGGAUAUAACGAGUAUAUUAAAAAAUUGUUUGAUGAUGGUGAUGAAUUAGAGGAUUUUACAAAGGAAAACUUAUGGAAAGAGUAUUUUGAAGGCGUUGGAAUGUUGGCUAAGAUGGAGGAAACUUUGCUAAAGACAGAUUCAACUUAA